CUUUUUUAGUUUUUUAUCAACAAACAAAGCGUAUUUUCAAAGAUUAAACAAACCAAAUAAAAAAAAAAGAAAAAAGAAAAGGUGAGGAGAGAGAAAAUAGUGAAGGAGAGAGAAAAUGGGGGAUCAUGCAAAAGCACACCCAAAGUGGUCGUCGAUUCAUCUUCUUCUUCACAUCAUCACUUCUUCUUCUUCAAUUUCUCUGUAUUUUCUGGGUUUUAAUUCUUCACUUUUUGCUCCGGUUUUCUCUCACUAGUUUCAGCAAGAGCGUUAUUGUGUAGUGGCAUGCAAGAGAGAAGACGGUGAUUGGUGAAUCUUUGUUGUUAGAAGGUGUAGUUUACUGUACUUGUAUUUUGUGGGGUGUGAGUGUUGAGGUGUAGUUGUCUAGUUGAUAGAUUUAAGAAAUGGAAGCGGCUAGGAGGUGUUUUAGCGGGUUCAAAGCGAAAGAUAAGGAUAAAGGGCUGAAGAAGGAGGCUGCUGUAACUGUUGUCAAAGGGAAAGAAGGUUUAAAAACUCCAGUCAAUGAGGAUAUGCCCUCGACUGCUACUAAGCAGAAGGUUGCAGCUGCAAAACAAUACAUUGAGAAGCAUUAUCAAGAUCAGAUGAAGAAUUUGCAGCAAAGGAAAGAGAGGCGUGAUAUAUUGGAAAAGAAGUUGGCUGAUGCUGAUGUACCAAAGGAAGAGCAGAGUAACAUACUUCAGUAUCUAGAGAAAAAAGAACGAGAAUAUAUGCGACUUCAAAGACAUAAAAUGGGGGCAGAUGAUUUUGAGCCAUUGACUAUGAUAGGAAAGGGUGCAUUUGGUGAGGUGAGAAUUUGCAGAGAGAAAUCAACUAGCCAUGUGUAUGCUAUGAAGAAACUCAAGAAGUCUGAGAUGCUUCGAAGAGGCCAGGUGGAGCAUGUAAAAGCUGAAAGAAACUUACUUGCGGAGGUUGACAGCAAUUGCAUUGUCAAGCUUUACUGUUCUUUUCAAGAUGAUGAGUACCUUUACCUCAUUAUGGAAUAUCUUCCUGGUGGGGAUAUGAUGACUUUACUCAUGCGCAAGGAUACACUAACUGAAGACGAGGCUAGGUUUUAUGUUGCCGAAACUGUCCUUGCCAUUGAAUCCAUCCAUAAGCAUAAUUAUAUACACAGAGACAUCAAACCUGAUAAUCUACUGCUUGAUAGAUAUGGUCACAUGAAACUUUCGGAUUUUGGAUUGUGUAAACCAUUGGACUGCCGAGGUCUUCAGGAAAAGGAUUUUUCUGUGGGGAACAACUUAAGUGGAGCUCUUCAGAGUGACGGCCGUCCUGUACCUCCAAAACGCACACAGCAGGAGCAACUGCAACAUUGGCAAAAGAACAGGAGAAUGCUUGCUUAUUCAACAGUUGGCACACCAGAUUAUAUUGCCCCAGAAGUGCUGCUAAAGAAAGGAUAUGGCAUGGAAUGCGAUUGGUGGUCUCUGGGGGCAAUCAUGUAUGAAAUGCUUGUAGGAUAUCCACCAUUUUAUUCAGAUGACCCUAUGUCGACUUGUAGGAAGAUUGUUAACUGGAGGCACCAUCUAAAAUUUCCUGAAGAAGCUAGGUUAUCACGGGAAGCAAAAGAUCUUAUAUGUAAACUUCUUUGCAAUGUUGAGCAACGGCUUGGAACCAAAGGUGCAGAUGAAAUAAAGGCUCAUCCAUGGUUUAAGGGCAUUGAUUGGGAUAAAUUGUACAAAAUGGAAGCUGCAUUUCUUCCUGAAGUAAAUGAUGAACUAGACACACAGAACUUUGAAAAAUUUGACGAGACGGACAAGCAACCUCAUCCGACUAACCCCAAAUCUGGCCCUUGGAGAAAGAUGCUCUCAUCAACAGAUGUCAACUUUGUCGGAUAUACGUAUAAGAAUUUUGAAAUUGUCAACGACCAUGAAGUACCGGGGAUUUCUGAAAUCAAGAAAAAGAGUAGCAAACCCAAGAGGCCAACCAUCAAGUCUCUUUUUGAUGAUGAGUCACAGACUUCUUCAAAGCAGCCUGGUCAAGGGAGUUUCCUCAAUCUUUUGCCAACUCAUCCCGAAGUUCCUGAGAAACAGAGAGAACCCUUGUAAAUCUUGCUAACUUCUCUGGAUAUCAGAUAAUAUGAUCAAGUAGGCUAUCUUAGUGUUGAUUUUGAAUCGGACAGUUUUGGUUCAUUGACUACUGCGUAUCAAUUGGCUCCGAGGAUGCGUUGGAGAAAGAUGCUUUGGGAAGGGUUCGGGGAUAAUGUCGUAAGAUAGAGUGAUUAUUUGGACCUUGAAUUCGAUGUCAAUCUUUUGUAAAUUAAUAGCCCAAAGUGUAUAUGUUUAUAUUCAGUUGAUUGUUUUUGCUGUGUUCUCUCCAGAAAUGAUAGUUACAACAUAGGAGCUAUCUGCUUCUCUAAAAAGAAAAAAAUGUAAUUAUUUUUCAAAUUGAUUGACCACAUUAUACGCUGUGUAAUCUCCGCUUUGUAAUGCCAUUUGUUUUGUUGUGA